CGAGCCACGAACGCCUUUCCUGCCAUCCCCAGAACUGCCUCCGCCCUUUCCCCAACCCGGUUUUCCACCCCCAUCUGCGUUGGUCGUGAAACACGGCCAUCCACACCAGCGCCGUCAUGCUCGGUUUUCGCCAUGUCGCGCUUUUGGGUGCGCUUGUCGGCCUCGUGAGCGCCGAUUGUAACCCCCUCAACACCACCACCACCUGCCCCGCCGACCCGGCUCUGGGAACGGAGCACACAUGGCUGUUCAACUCGACACUGGACAGCAAACUCUGGGACAUGCAAACCGGAACGCUGGAAUACACGUCGGAGGGCGCCGACUUUGUCAUCAAGACGGAAAAUGCCUCUACGUUGUUGGUCUCCAACUUUUACAUUUUCUUCGGCAUCAUGGAAGCACAUGUCAAGAUGGCCAAAGGAGCAGGCAUCAUCAGCAGCGUGAUCCUGCAAUCCGACGAUUUGGACGAAAUUGACUGGGAAUGGGUGGGAUACAAUACCAGUGAGGUGCAGUCCGACUUUUUCGGCAAGGGCAACACCACGACGAGUGACCGCGGUGGUUUCCAUGCGGUGGCGAACGCAGAUACCGAAUUCCACAACUACACCUCCUACUGGGACAAGGAUCGUUUGGAAUGGUGGAUCGAUCAGGAACUCGUGCGCACGGUCAACUACUCCGAGGCGCUCACGGUCUACGGCAAGAACUAUCCCCAAACCCCGUGCCAGGUCAAAAUCAGCAACUGGCCAGUGGGAAUUCCAUCCGAGUCCAUCGGCAACAUUGAAUGGGGUGGUGGUUUGGUCAACUGGUCGGAUGUUCCAUUCACCAUGACGGUGUCGAAGGUCCGCGUCCAAGAUUUCCACACGGGGAAGGAAUACGUGUACAACGGAACCAGUGGCUCGUAUGAGAGUAUCGAGGUCGUCAGUGGAAACUCUACCGCCCAGGCGGAGAUCGAAAAGCAGCCCGCGAAGACGCUGGCCCAGAAAUGGGCCGACCUCGGCACGGCGGCGCAUAUCGGCGUGUACUGCGGUGCCGCAGCAUUUGCCGCUAUUGCAAUUGCAGGAUUCGUGUUUUACUGCCUGCGACAACGCCGUCAGGGUCGUCUCGAGCGGGCUCUUGGCGAAGGCCAGCCCCAGGCCCCGGACCCGACGGAGAUGGAGACGUACAAAAAGCAGUGGAGGCAAAGUGACUGGGCGACGCGUCGUGGCUACCAAGCGGUUGGCCAAUAGACGCACUGCCAUGAGCGAAACUGAUUUGUUUAGAUUUAUGCAUUUUACGAGGGUGACUACAUCUUUCUUUCACCUUGUCACUUCUUGAGCUGAUGGCUCGCAACCAUAUACUGUGCUUCAGUAGCCGGUGCAGAUUGCCUGCUAACUGACUGGUUGCAUUUCUUUAUUUUGGACACAUUGAGCGAUUCUGCGUGGUCAUUUGUUAUAAUUAUCGUCUAUUGUAUAUAGAUAGAGCUUUCGGCGAAACGCUGUACACUAGGAGUAUUAUCACUUGGUAGAUCAG